AUGAGCGCCAACACUUCUUCCACAAAACCUCCUUGCAAAUGUGCUGCUCGUCCUGCUUCGGUGCUGAGAACAGUCGUAAAGGAAGGUCCAAACAAGGGCAGACAAUUCUACACGUGCGCUAAAUCUAGUUGUAAAUUCUUUGAAUGGGUGAAUACUAAUGCUACUAAUACUUUACUAUUGCCUUCAUCAAGUCCAUCAAGUCAACCAUCAGUUUCUAUUGAAACCAUCAAGAAUAAUAUUUUCGCUGAUGCUCUAAAGAAAAGUGUUAAUAACAGCUCUAACAAAUCAUCAAGUGGCAGCACCUCUUCCGAAACUGAUAGUAAUUUAAAUAUUCCUUGCUGUACGAAUCAUCAAACAACCAAGUGUAAACUGUUACAAGUUUCCAAAGAGGGACCAAACAAAGGAAAAUUAUUCUGGGCUUGUGGAAAUACUAAUCAGAGUGAAAAAUGCAACUUUUUCAAGUGGUUUGAUGGAAUAGUGGAUCAGUACAAACAUUUGGUACCAAAUUACAAUAGUGGAGCUCAACCAUCACCAAAGAAAGAGACUCCUAAAUUUAUAGCACCUAUGAUUAAGGAAGAAACAGUUCCAAUAUUCAUGUCAACAAGCAAUUCUCAAAAUAACUGGGUUGCAAACCUCCCAGUCGAAACUUUUUCUGAGAUUUUGAAAUAUUUACAAAUUGCUCCAGAUUGUGUAAAAAUUCAAAGAGUUUGUGUUGAAUGGAAGAGAAUGAGUGAUAUUUAUAUUGGAAACGCAGUGAAAGAUCAUCAAGUUGAUCUGAGUUUGGGAUUUUUGAAGAAUGAUACACCAUUUUCACAAUGUUGUGAAAUUUUCAAGAAAUUCUAUAGAGUGAAACAAGUUACAUUUUGUAACUUUACAAUUUAUAGUGAAUUGAUGAGAUUAUUGGAGUGGGUUCAAGUAGAAACAAUGAUUUUCUAUAAUUGCAAAUCAACCAUGUCAUGUGAUCAGAAUGAGUCAGUCGCUGAGCAUGUCCCAUCUUAUCAUGAUUAUGAAGAAGUUGAUUGGGAGUAUGUAAGAUCAAAUCCAGGAAGCUUAUUUUCCAAGAGGGAUAUUGCAUCGUACAAAACCAAGUUUGCUUUCCGCAGAAAUGUUACUCAAAUGCUAUUCUCAGGACUAGAAGAAGAUCGAGACGUUCUCGUUGCAGAUGCAAAGCCAAAGUUUAUUGAUGACAUGCUACAAUUUGCAACUUUGAAUUAUUACAAGAAAUUCGUAACUUUUAUAAAACAGAAAUUGGGAACUAAUUAUGUGCAAGGAAAGAGAUUUGGAAAUCUAAAGAGGAUUAUUUCCAUCGACUCUUAUGAAUUGAAUUUUGCAUGGGUCAACAAGGAUCGUAAUGUUUAUUACAAAGUUGGUAAUGGAAUAUGUGAAGCUGAUUUCACAAAAUUUAUGUUGGCAACCCAAGAAAAGGCAACAAUUAAAGAAGAAGAUGAAACAACGGCAGUCCAUAUUGAUUGGCGAUACAAGAAUUUCAUGGUUCAAGAUAGAUCCAUAGCUAUUAUUUCAAUACCUUUCUCUUCUACACUCCUUUGUAAAGUUCAAAUUUACAAUAGCAUUUCUUGCUCCUCUAAAACAGUAGUAGAAAGAACACCAACUCUCGCACCCAAAUCCAUCACAGGUGUAUUGGAAAAAUGUAACAUUGUUCAAUAUGUUAAGAAGGAUGUUUUCAAACCAAAGAAUCUCUUUCUUGCUAAAUAUGGAUUGAUACUUGGCACUUUGAAUUUGCAAAGUCCUUACCCUCGUAAGACUAUUUUGGAAAUGUAUUUGGAAUCUGCCUUGGCUUCCUCUAGAAAGAUGGUGAGUGGUGACUUGGAUGAAUUGAAAAAAUUUUGUUACAAAGAUCCAAUUCAAAAGGCCAUCAAGUUACUUUUAUUUUUGCAUAGGGAAACAAAGUUAAUGGAUAGUUAUGAAAUAAGUUCCAAGGUGAAGUAUCUCAUUAAAUCAAUAGAUGCCUUAUGGUCUCACAAGGAGGAAUUUAUUAAUGAUGAUGAUGAGUACAGUGACACACCAUCAAUCAAUACAAUCACUGAAUUGGUUUCUGUAGAUGGAGAAUCAUUGAGAGUUCCAUUUUCUUGGUAUCAUUUCAUUAAGACUGGUAACAUUAAGCAUAUUUUCGAAUUGAAACCAGAAGAAGCUAGAAAUGAAUUACCAAGUGGAGAUUAUGAAGAGGAAGAUGAAGAGGAUGAGGAUGACAGUGAAGAGGAGAAUGAUAAUUUUUUUAAUUUUCAAAAUAAUAAUUCUGAUCUCAGCUCUGAGGAUGGAAAUGAACCAGAAGAGGACGAUGAUUACCAAGAGAGUAAUGAAGAAGAAGAAGAGGAGGAGGAAGAAUCUGACUACUCUGAUGAUUCAGACAGUGGAAAAAAGAGAAAGAAGAAAACUAGAGCAACCCGUUCUAAAAAGAGAAAGUAUUGA